AUGAGCUCCUAUUUUGUUAACCCUCUUUUUUCUAAGUACAAAGGCGGCGAGUCACUGGAGCCAACUUACUACGACUGCAGGUUUCCACAAAGCGUUGCCCGCAGCCACACGCUGGUUUACGGACCCGGAGCAGCCGCACCGGGCUUUCAGCACCCGUCCCAUCAUGUGCAGGACUUUUUCCACCACGGCACCACGGGGAUCUCCAACCCGGGAUACCAGCAAAACCCUUGCGCUUUGGCUUGCCACGGAGACGCAACGAAAUUUUAUGGAUAUGAAGCCCUUCCGAGGCAAACGCUUUAUGGUACCCAGCAAGACGCAAGCCUAGCGCAAUACCCAGACUGUAAAUCGUCGAGCAGCUCUAACCCCGGAGAAGGACAAGGCCACUUAAAUCAAAACUCCUCUCCCAGUCUUAUGUUUCCUUGGAUGAGACCCCACGCCCCAGGAAGACGGAAUGGGAGGCAAACCUACAGUCGCUACCAGACUCUUGAACUGGAGAAGGAGUUUCUCUUCAACCCUUACCUGACCCGCAAGAGAAGAAUCGAGGUGUCCCACGCCCUGAGCCUCACCGAGCGGCAGGUGAAGAUUUGGUUUCAGAACAGGAGGAUGAAAUGGAAAAAAGAGAACAACAAAGACAAGUUUCCGGGUCAGAGAGGAGAGGCUGAAGCCGAGGAAGAGGGCAACGAGGACGGUGAAGGGGAAGAGGCAGAAGAGAAAGAAGCGGAAGAGAAAGAAGAGAGCAAGGAGUGA